AUGCUCGUCGUGAACUCCGAUGAACAGCUCACAGAAGCGGGCUUCCGCCGCCCGCCCGCGAAGAUUGACAGCGCCCCAAUUUUACACGUUCAACUUCCGCGUGCGAUGAUCGAUGUGUCCAUACAUUCCUCAUGGACAGGCCGGCGGGGUGCUCUCGAAUGCAAUGCAACAAUGUACACUGGCACGGACAGCUGUGCCAAUAUCGACGAGCAUGAGCCGGACUGCGGUACCUAUGAGUGGGCGAAGCUCGGGCUGCACACCGAUACCGUGACACCCCCGGGCCGGGGUCCGUGUGCAAUGAUACAUGUGGCUGGCCUCGAGGAGUUCAUCGCUUCUGAUGUGAUACUUCUGGUGACAAGCACAGGAUGCCGCGUGGGACUCGGAGGCGACGCUCCUUGCUUGCACUCGACCACCAUGUCCCAGACCUACAUCCUCCGGAUCAAUUCAGCACAAGACCCCGAUAGUUUGGAUAACAAACCAGUGAAGACUACAAAGCUCUAUGCUGUUAUCCGCCUUGGAGGCCCAACUGGGCAAGUUCUGAGUGAGACCAAGAAGAUGAAAGGCCCCCAGACCACUCAGUGGAGUGUGAGAGAAGAAAUUAUUGUUGAAUCAAAUGAUGUGAAACUUAAUUUUACACUUUUCCACUGGCACAAAUGGGAAAAGGAUGAUUUGCUUGCUCAGCAGGUAUAUACUGUGCAGGAACUUCUAGACAAAAGUGCCACUGGAGAUUCUGUUCCAUUGGACACUUUGAAUAAGAAUGAUGGAAGCUUUGAGGUGUGGCUCACACCACUGGAGCUGGAUAAUCAAGUGGAACUUCAGAAACAACCUUUGUGGAAGAAGAUCCUUUACAAAAAGGCCCAAAGCAGUGUGAAGGGACUAUCAGCAAUCCUGGAUGUUCUUAAUCCAAUAGUUCCUGCUCCAUUCAAUGCUCCUCUCCAAGUGUUGGAUACAUUAUUUGGUUGGAUCAUUGAAUAUCAGAACAAUAAGGAGGAUUUGGAGGCUUUGGUCAUGACACUUACAGAAGCAGUCAGGGCUUAG